CAUUUGUAUGACCCAACGAGGACGACCAUUUUGUUUGUUGUCAGUAAAAAAGUCGUCGGUUCUUUUUUUCUGCAGUAGGUAAACGUCUCCAUCGCCUCCACUACGACAUGUACGUGUACGGACUGUUACUGCUCGGAUUUGUGGUGUCAGCGCACUGCUUCUGUUUUACAGAUAAGGUCUACACAGACGUGUCCAAAUAUGGAUCAGUCACGCAGUACUGCAUGUACAAAGGAUUGAAGAUGCAGCUUGACUCCCAUAUCAAGACAACCGACUGUAUUGAGUGCAUCUGCCACGAGACGGCUCUCAGCUGCUGUGGAUUCGGCAUCAACGCUGGUGUUGUAGCUCCGCCACCGGGAUGUAAGGUCGCCGCUGAUGGAUGCAAGAUGCUGCUGGUGAAAGCUGACGACGACACCAAAGACUGCCUCUCUGGAGAUUCUCUCGUUAAACCGUAGAACAGUUAUUCUGCCUAAUUUCACAUAUCACGCACUCGUUUAUUUUAUAUAAAUGUGAAUUAGUGUUUA